UUGUCUCUGUGUGCCUGUAUGCAUGUGUAGAGGAAGUUUGAUUGCCAAGCAAAUAUUCUCAGCACUAUUAUUAAAAGCAAUCAUUCUGUACAAUGUUUAACUGUGCCAACUGUGUUUGUAAGGCUUGAAUGGCUCUCCCUUUAAUCUCAUCUUGUGUUUAUGGGUGGAGUGUUUCUCUGGGAGACAAGGAUUUUCUCAAACCAAAUGAAAUUAGACCUGAAGGCAUUCACAGCAGUCUAUGGAACAAGUAAUUACAGACUAUGCCAUGAAAAGAGAUUGCUUCAGCAUAAGAACACUGAAUAUAUUGUAAUUUUUGCUUUGGGACAAAGAUUUUCAGCAUGAGUUUGUUUGACCCAACAAGAUACAGUCCUUUAGAACAGAGAAGUAAUUACAGGUAUAACACAAGAGAGGCAGACAGUGGUUUCCUAAGUUUAAACAGCAGCGCAUCUAACUUUUAUGCGUCUCAGAGUAAAACUGGCCAGUGGUCUUCAAAUUGCCUGCUUUUAAAGGACGAUUUGACCUUCAAGCUAUUAAGAUCUGAGAACAGAAGAUUGGCCCUUGAUGAAAGCCUCCGGCGAGCAUACAGUGCUCUGGAGCACCAGAGGAGGUAUUUACAGGAUUACAAUUAUGGCCUGCAAACCAGUGAUACAAGAAUUGAGUCACUUCUUCAGAGACAAAAGCUUUUGGAAUCAAACGUUUCAAACCUUCAAACUAAGAACAUCUACAGCAAUGGCAUAAUACUAAAUAAAAUUAAUCAGGAUGAGGAUCAGGGUUUUCAAAAACAGUUCUCAACCAGUCAAGAAAACCAUAACAGCAGAAUUGCUGCUCUGGAAAGAGAAAUUAAUAACAUGAAGAAACUGGUAAACUAUGUUCCUACAAAGACAAAUAGUGAUUUAUUUGGAUUUGGACAGUGGGCAGAACAAAAAGAUUACAUGAAAGAGAUGCAAGAUAAUCUGAGGGAAUAUGCUGAAGAGAUGGCGGCUAAAUGCAAUAAUGUAGAGCAAGAAAAAGAUGCACUGGAACUCCAAAUAACAUCUUUGCACUCAGGUCUCCUUCAGGCCAAAAUGGAUUCUAAAGGAUUAGAAAAAGAAUGUGUAAAGCUUCAGUCUCAACUACUGGCCAACAGAAAUAUAAACGAGAGUCUUCAUCUUAAAGUGUCUUCUCAGAGGCAGCUUAUGCAGCAACUGGAGAACUCUGUUAAAGGAUCCAAUUGUGAAAUGAAAUCACUUAACCUGCAAGUUCAAAAUCUGGAAAGAGAAAAGCAGUGUUUAUUAUCCCAAAAAGAAAUGCUGUUUGGAAUGCUUCAGCGAAGCAAAAAAGCUAGACCGCAUCCUAUUGACAAUCAGAGUGAAAGAACCAAUGAAGAGAUUCUAAUUCCAGCAAAUAAAGAAGGUGUUUCAGAGGACGACAUAAAUGUAAACAAAUUUGUUUCUGGAUAUAUGGGAACAUUUUCAGAAAAGUCGUCACAAACUUCAUCAAGCACAAGUUCUAAGAAAUCAAAGAGGCUAAAGCAAAAUAGGGCUGAACAUGAAUCUUCUUCACAAAGUGAAGUGUAUUGUUGCAGACCUGACCAAAUCAAUAUAUCAAGUAAGGGAUCAGACAUGAACAAGAGGAACUUGGAUUUUAUUGCUGCAUGUCACCAACAUCUGGCAGACUUACUGGUUCAGUUAGAAUGUCUUCUUAAAAGCAACACAAGAUUAGAUAAAGAAAAGGCUCAAAUAGCGGAGUGUCUGUUAGGGACACUACAGGAACUAAAGAAUGCAAAAAAUCUGACUGAAAAAAGUAGAAAGGAAGUUGAGGAACUGCUUACGGAGCACAUCACGUGGAGAACAGACUGCCUAAAGAGAGAAAAUCAGAUCACUGCAGUUGUAAUUGAACUGAAGCACUUAAAACAAGCAUAUCAUGGAAUUAUCACACAUUCUGACAACCCAGAUGACAAGAAAGCCAUUUUGUGGAUUAGCAGAGUGCAGGCAAUAAAGAAUGCCCUCAAAAAUCUUGAAACUGAAGAGCAGAAGACCAAAGAUAUGAAAAAUUGCCUACUGAGGAACAAAUUCGAGGGAAAAAUGCAGAGAAAAAGCAAUGUCACAGAAUUUUUUAAAGAAAAUAAUGUAUUUUGACUUUAUUUCUCUUAAAUAUCCCUUUUUAGUAAAUGUUAUUGCUUGCAAAAGGCAAAUACAAAAUACCCUUUUGAGCAACAAGUGUAAUAUAUCACAGGGACGUCAGCCUAAAGGGCAGUAGGAAACACAUUACAUUUAUUAAUACUUAUGUAUAUAUAUGUCAGUAGCUUAAGCUGAAUAAGCCCUGCCUCAAUAUUUGCACAUCACUAGGCUACCAUUGUGUUUGUUGUAUAAUAAAAUGUUGUUGUGAAUUACUA